AUGAGGAGGACGCCUCCUGCGGGCGCCUCUUGUGCCGGCCUCCUGCUCCUCGCACUUGCCCUCAUUUGCGCGGUCGGGGUGACGAAGGCAGCGAAUGGCGACCACAAGGGGGAAACGAUUACACUGCAUGACGCGAUGAAGGCAUCAGCGCACGGCGGCGCCGACGCAGUCCGAACGAUCACACUGCCGCAUGACACGCUCGGCAGCGCUGCUGCAGCGUACUACGGAGAUGAAACGCCAGCGAGGCCCAAACCGGCAAGCAAGAAAGCCAACGCCGCGAGGAGGGCACUCGUGGUACGCGAGGGAGCCACCACCAGCGGCGACACCGGUGCGCGCGUGCAGGUUGCCACGGCGGUCGCGCUGGGGGUGGCCGCCGCUCAGCUGAACUUCACGACGCAGCAGCUGUGCGUGAGCGUGGAUAAGAAGGCGCGGAAGGCGCUGAAGAGCGCCAAGAAGAAGAGCGCGGCGGUGUGGUGGAAGGGCACUGGGGCUUCGGGCAGCGCAUCAGCGGGCGGGCAGUGCGCGCGGGUCAAGCUCUUUGGUAAAGACGGCUGCCAGGGCCCACCACUGGACAGCAUUGUCAACCCGCGCACGCCCGGGUCCACGUUCCCCAGCACGCAGAAGGACGUCUUCAAGUUGGCUUCAGUGGCGUCGGUUCUCUGCGAUCUGAAUGUCAGCUCCAGCGAUCCUGCAUGUGCGGCAUUGGGGUGUGACCCUGGUGGCACCUGUCAGGUGGAUCAGAGCAGCGAGCUUUUCUGCCAGUGGGACACUCCCUGUGGCUCCUGCCCCAAAGGAGCCUCCUGCAAAACAACUUAUAAUUAUGGAAAGUAUUGGGCGCCAGUGCCGGUGCAGUACUGCAUGUGCCCUCAAGGGUAUGGCAUGUACGACGACACCGAUAGACCGGGCGCGUGUAUUCAAAACUCUGCUGGUCCCGGACGCGCCUCUUCUUUCAGCCUCACACUCAUUGCCAAUGAAACCGCCAAGGACAGAUCUUCUCGGCCCUACACCUUCCGCCUUGACAACCACAUAUGCACGCAGCUCCCGGAUGCAGUGACGGGGAAGGUCACAGCAGCGUACAUUAUUACAGCCAACAACGGCUACUCACCGAUUUGCCACCAAGUCAGAAUCUACCCAACAGAUAACUGUUUCGACGAUGUCUUCACAGAAUGGAACUUGGGCUUCCGGAUUGCGACAGGUUAUUGGUCGUACCA